GGGCCUCCUCUCCCUUUUGGCGAAUCAUUCCUUCUCGCCGAUAAGCAGCAGCUCAUCACCUGAAGGAGAGCAGCCCGGAGGAGGGGGAGCAAGCAGCAGCCGUCCGUGGAAGAAGAUGUCGUACCUGCUGCCGCAUCUGCACUCGGGGUGGGCGGUGGACCAGGCCAUCCUCGCCGAGGAGGAGCGCCUCGUCAUCAUCCGCUUCGGCCAUGACUGGGACGAGACCUGCAUGCAGAUGGAUGAAGUGCUGGCAGCAGUAGCUGAGACCAUAAAGAACUUUGCGGUCAUCUACCUUGUUGACAUCACAGAGGUCCCUGAUUUCAACACCAUGUAUGAGCUGUACGACCCUUCGACAGUGAUGUUCUUCUUCCGGAACAAGCACAUCAUGAUUGAUCUCGGGACUGGAAACAACAACAAGAUCAACUGGGCCCUGAAGGACAAGCAAGAGUUCAUCGACAUUGUGGAGACCGUAUACAGGGGCGCCCGGAAAGGCCGUGGUCUGGUGAUUGCUCCAAAGGACUACUCCACCAAGUACCGUUACUAAGAAGGCAGGCAUUCCCCUUAUGCAAUCUAUUGGGGAUGUUUACACGGACAGUUAGUCCGACAGGUGAUCCCUAACUGUAUCUUGGCAUACCCUAGUAAUUCAAGUUGCUGGCUGGAGUGAUGCUUAUCCAUGUCUUGGCAUGCCAUAGUGAACAUGUAAACCUGUGAUUUGAGGUGAUUAUUCGAGUGUAAAGAAACCAGGAUUGCGUUCGCCUAUGACUAUGUGUCUAGUUGUCUACUUAAUAAGAAACAGUUAUUGGUUUGGAAUA